CAUAUGCAAGCGUUGCCUUUCAAAGUAAUGUUCAGGAAAAAGAAGGAAUUAUGCAAAAAACUAUAUCGCUUUUUUAACUGGGCUGUAUUUGAAAAUGAACUACCAAAUACGAUGAAGAUAGAAUGGGUACAAGAUGUGACGGAAUAUUGGGUCGGAGGGUGUCAACUCCGCUGGAGAGAGGAUAAUUCCAAUAAAAAGAUCCGAUCCGAAGACGUGGUGAUCAAAUUACGCACUGAGUUCGUCGACACAGCAGACAGAGUCCGUGACACAUUAGUGCACAAGAUGUGCCACGCUGCCGUCUGGCUGCUGGACGAAAACAUGGAAGACGAUCACGGACCAUAUGGCGAAACACGCUUGCAACAUCCUACCUGAACUUCCGACUGUGUGAGAAUACGAUCAUUACAGCAAAUACACGUAAAUUCUGUACACAUGCUUGAAUUUUGCUGACGAAUUCUUAAGGAAUUCCCGGCACGAAAAUUUUGCAUGUGUCUUUUGUGGUGGACCUUGUCACAGUCGAGAAGUACGGAAUGCGGUACUAGAAGUAAGACAUGUAGACGAGGAAUCGAGCAGCGAGGAUGAAUGAGAAUAUAGGAAAGUGAUCGAUGAUACCUUCUCACUUUUGCAGAUACGAACGUGCAGUGAAUGAAGAAUACAUCACUACAACUUUUCGGAACUUCACACC